CCAGGAAGGUGCCUGAGGAAAGCAAGCAAAACCAUCGAAGUUAUGGAACGUUAAGACAUGGUUGGUUUAGCAUUUUUAUGUUUUUGUCUUCCUUUGAUCCUCAAACAACCACAACAACUGAGGGACCAUAUCCCCACCCAAUUCAAACACUCUCUAUCUAUUCAUAUCUCUCUCCCUCCUUCCCUACUUUCGUGAUUCGUCAUCAUCAUCCAGCUCAAGCAUACACACACACACACACAAUAUUUGAACCAAGUAGUAAUUAAGAGGCUCAUUUGAACAUCUAUCGUAACACACCACACAAGUUUGGAAAACGUUAUUUGUGGGAAACAAAAGGAACAGAACAAUGAGCGGGAAGCAGGCCGUGAGACCUCGUACCCGCGUGGGAAAGUACGAGCUGGGAAAAACCAUUGGCGAGGGAAGCUUUGCUAAGGUCAAGUUCGCUAAGAACGUUGAGAAUGGUAACCAUGUUGCCAUCAAAAUCCUUGAUCGUAACCAUGUCCUCCGCCACAAGAUGAUGGAACAGCUGAAGAAAGAAAUUUCUGCGAUGAAGAUGAUCAAUCAUCCAAACGUUGUCAAAAUUUACGAGGUGAUGGCAAGCAAAACAAAGAUCUAUAUUGUCCUAGAGUUGGUUAAUGGAGGAGAACUAUUUAACAAAAUAGCUAAAAAUGGGAAACUUAAAGAGGAUGAAGCAAGAAGAUAUUUCCAUCAAUUAAUCAAUGCCGUUGAUUAUUGCCACAGCAGAGGCGUGUACCACAGAGAUUUGAAGCCAGAGAAUCUUCUUCUGGACUCAAAUGGUGUUCUGAAAGUUACAGAUUUUGGAUUGAGUACAUAUGCACAACAGGAGGAUGAACUUCUCCGAACUGCUUGUGGAACUCCAAAUUAUGUUGCUCCUGAGGUGCUUAAUGAUAGAGGUUAUGUUGGUUCUACAUCUGAUAUCUGGUCAUGUGGAGUCAUCCUCUUUGUGCUUAUGGCCGGGUAUUUGCCCUUUGAUGAGCCAAAUCAUGCGGCACUGUACAAAAAAAUUGGCAGGGCCCAAUUUACAUGUCCAUCAUGGUUUUCUCCUGAGGCAAAGAAACUAUUGAAGCUUAUUCUUGAUCCAAACCCUCUAACAAGGAUAAAAGUUCCUGAACUCUUAGAAGAUGAAUGGUUCAAAAAAGGAUACAAACAAGCAACUUUUAUAAUGGAAGAGGAUAUCAAUGUAGAUGAUGUUGCUGCUGCUUUCAAUGAUUCUAAGGAAAAUCUUGUGACAGAGAGAAAAGAGAAACCCGUGUCAAUGAAUGCUUUUGAGCUCAUAUCUAGGUCACAAAGCUUCAACCUUGAAAAUUUGUUUGAGAAGCAGCAAGGGUCUGUUAAGAGAGAAACACAUUUUACCUCACAGCGCCCUGCAAAUGAAAUCAUGUCAAAAAUUGAGGAAGCUGCCAAGCCUCUGGGAUUUAAUGUUCACAAGCGAAAUUAUAAGAUGAAGCUGCAAGGUGAUAAGAGUGGAAGGAAGGGUCACCUUUCAGUUGCUACAGAGGUUUUUGAAGUGGCUCCCUCCUUGCACAUGGUGGAGCUGCGAAAGACCGGGGGUGACACACUAGAGUUUCACAAGUUCUACAAAAACUUUUCAUCAUCAUCAGGGUUGCAAGACGUUGUGUGGCAUUCUGAAGAAAAACAAUGAAGAAUCAAGGUGUGGAUGCAUGGAAGAUAUCGUGCACUUAUUUUUGUUCAUGGAAGAUAUCAGGCACUUUUUCUUUUGUUCAUGGAAGAUAUCAUGCUUAGCUAAAACUGGAGCAUGUUGAGUUGGGAGAGUCUGCUCUAAUGUUAGAUAGGGUAAAAACAAAACCUAGAUCGUACAAAACUUAGAGUGUAUAUUUCCUUGAACUUUUAUUCAUAAUAUUUCAUGACCUUAAUUAAUUCAA